AUGAAACAAACGGAAGUGGGUGCAAAGUCAAAAAAGUCCACUCCUCCUCCUCCACCAUCAUUUCCCAGGUUUUGGGUUGCAAUAAAACCAGCAGUUGAAACAGUGAGCAUUACAAAUCAAGAGCCGAGGAAGAUCACCUCCUUGCUGCCAUCAAGGCUGCAGCUCGUGUCAGGGCAUGCAAUCUCCAGAGUAGUUAGUGCUUGUAGAUCUGGUGUGCCGAAGGAGGAUGACUACCGGCUCUUUGAAGAGUCCUUGAAAGAGGAUGAUGACAGGAAGGAGAAUGAUGCCACUGUCCACAACUCAAGCAAAGUAGAUCAGAACAACAAAGAGUUAUGCGCGGGAAUAAAGGACUGGUGGACGAAGAUCAAGUUUGCAUAUUUGAAUCAACCAGCCAUGGACACACCCAAGCGCCGAAAUUCCACUUAUCUUCCCAAUUUUUGCACCAAACCAGCUGUCUUCAGCCGGUCUUAG